GCUCGUUUACGACCAAAUGUGGCGACAAGUCAGGGUACGACCAUAUUUUGCUAUCGCAGAGCUUGCAGGCGUAUUUUGGUUUUGAAUGGGUGGCUUAUGGUUUGUGUGCACUACUCUUCCCUUCGGGUUGAAAUGUCUCCGUAUGUCUACCACACAAUAGGUCUGGCAGUAUCUGGUUUUCUUUGGUAUACUGGUAUACUUUGCUCGCUCUACAUUGAUGACCGCCUUAAUGGGGAACUGCUAACGAAAUCUGGGCCGUGGUCGAUCCUCUAUUACGAUAGGCAGAAAGAAUUCGGAGUUAAGGCUGCCAGGGCUGCCAUAUUUAUUGUCCACUCAGUGCUUAUUGAGCUUGGGUAUACGAUUGGGAUUAGCAAGUCAGUUCUGUAUCCCACGACUUCCUUAGAGUACUUGGGCUUUCUGGUGGAUUCUGAAAAGCAAUCCUUCAUCAUACUGCAGAGCAAGAUUGUAGCCUGGGCGUUCUUGCAAGAAAAGAUACUGGCUUGUAAGAAAUGCGUGGAUGUUAAGAGUCUGCAACGGUUC